CGCAGUCUGCACGCCAGCCCUCACUAGCGCUCCGGCGCGGGUGUGCAGUGUCCAAUUCCUUGGUGUGGCUGGCUGGGGCUGGGCUAGCUUGAGUGCCAGAAGCUGGCGGUGGCAGGCGUCUGCUGAGCAACAGGAGCCCAAAGAAAGAGGGAGAAGCAGCAGCAGAGAGGACGCGGGGGUAAAAGACCAGGAGUAAGGAAGGGUCCCGAAGCCUGCGCCCUUCUACGGGUGCACUGGGUGGGCAUGACCUGCGGGCAAGGUUUCAAGCCUCUUAUGAAGGAGCUGAAGGAGAAAUAAAAUACACAGGAUGAAAAGAUGGCAAUGUUGCCUCCUCCAGGACCUCAGAGCUUUGUCUACUUCACAAAACAGUCUCUUGCCCUCAUUGAACAACGUAUUAAGGAAGGAAAAACAAAGGAACCCAAAGAAGAAAAGAAAGAUGAUGAUGAAAAUGGCCCAAAGCCAAGCAGUGACUUGGAAGCUGGCAAACAGCUGCCUUUCAUCUAUGGGGACAUCCCCCCAGGCAUGGUGUCCAAGCCCCUGGAGGACCUGGACCCUUACUAUGCAGACAAAAAAACUUUCAUAGUAUUGAACAGAGGGAAAGCGAUCUUCCGCUUCAAUGCCACACCUGCUUUGUACAUGCUCUCUCCUUUUAGUCCUCUGAGAAGAAUAUCUAUUAAGAUUUUAGUGCAUUCUUUAUUCGGCAUGCUUAUCAUGUGCACUAUUCUGACGAACUGCAUAUUUAUGACCUUGAGUAACCCUCCAGAAUGGACCAAGAAUGUAGAGUACACUUUUACUGGAAUAUACACUUUUGAAUCACUUAUAAAAAUCCUUGCAAGAGGCUUCUGUGUAGGACAAUUCACUUUCCUUCGUGACCCAUGGAACUGGCUGGAUUUUAUUGUCAUUGUUUUUGCGUAUUUAACAGAAUUUGUAAACCUAGGCAAUGUUUCAGCUCUUCGAACUUUCAGAGUGUUGAGAGCUUUGAAAACUAUUUCUGUAAUUCCAGGCCUGAAGACCAUCGUGGGGGCCCUGAUCCAGUCGGUGAAGAAGCUCUCCGACGUCAUGAUCCUGACUGUGUUCUGUCUGAGCGUGUUCGCGCUGAUCGGGCUGCAGCUCUUCAUGGGCAACCUGAAGCACAAAUGUCUGCGGACUUCACUUUUAAGUAAUGAAACAUUGAACAUGUUGGAUACCCUUGACAAAGAAAACUAUACAGAGUAUUUUUACUACUUGGAGGAUGCAAAAGAUGCUCUCUUGUGUGGUACCAGCUCAGACGCAGGUCAGUGUCCAGAAGGGUACACAUGCCAGAAAGGAGGCAGAAAUCCAGACUAUGGCUACACAAGCUUUGACAAUUUUGGCUGGGCCUUCUUAGCCUUAUUUAGACUAAUGACCCAAGAUUACUGGGAAAACCUUUACCAACAGACACUGCGUGCAGCUGGGAAAACCUACAUGAUCUUCUUUGUUGUGGUGAUUUUCCUGGGCUCCUUUUAUCUAAUAAACUUGAUCCUGGCUGUGGUGGCCAUGGCCUAUGAAGAACAGAACCAAGCGAAUAUCGAAGAAGCUAAGCAGAAAGAGUUAGAAUUUCAACAGAUGUUAGAUCGGCUUAAAAAAGAGCAAGAAGAAGCUGAGGCAAUAGCAAUGGCAGCAGCCCAAUAUACAAGUAACAGGAGGAGCCGGAUUAUGGGCCUCUCUGAGAGUUCUUCUGAAACAUCUAAACUGAGCUCUAAAAGCGCUAAAGAAAGAAGAAACCGAAGAAAGAAAAAGAAUCAAAAGAAGCUCUCCAGUGGGGAAGAAAAGGGAGACGAUGAGAAAUUGUCCAAAUCAGAAUCAGAGGAGAGUAUCAGGAGAAAAAGUUUUCACCUUGGUGUUGAAGGUCACAGGCGAGCCCGCGAAAAGCGAUUGUCUACCCCUAAUCAGUCACCACUCAGCAUUCGUGGCUCCUUGUUUCCUCAAAGGCGCAGCAGCAGAACAAGCCUUUUCAGUUUCAUAGGUCGAGGAAAAGAUGUUGGAUCUGAGACUGAAUUCGCGGACGAUGAGCACAGCAUUUUCGGAGACAAUGAGAGCAGAAGGGGCUCAUUGUUCGUGCCCCACAGACCCCGGGAGCGCAGCAGCAGUAACAUGAGCCCAGCCAGUAGGUCCCCUCCAAUGCUGCCGGUGAACAGGAAGAUGAACAGUGCCGUGGACUGCAAUGGUGUGGUCUCCCUGGUGGAUGGACCCUCUGCCCUCACGCUCCCCAAUGGACAGCUUCUUCCAGAGGUGAUAAUAGAUAAGGCAACUUCUGAUGACAGCGGUACAACCAAUCAAGUACACAAAAAGCGACAUUCCAGUUCUUAUCUCUUUUCUGAAGAUAUGUUGAAUGAUCCCCAACUCAGACAAAGAGCAAUGAGCAGAGCAAGCAUACUGACAAACACUGUAGAAGAACUUGAAGAGUCCAGACAAAAAUGUCCACCUUGGUGGUACAGAUUUGCACACACAUUCCUGGAAUGGAAUUGCUCUCCAUUUUGGAUAAAAUUUAAAAACCUUAUUAAUGUCAUCGUAAUGGAUCCUUUUGUAGAUCUGGCUAUUACCAUUUGCAUAGUCUUAAACACAUUGUUUAUGGCUAUGGAGCAUCAUCCAAUGACUGAUGAAUUCAAAAAUGUACUCACUGUGGGAAAUUUGGUCUUUACUGGGAUUUUUGCAGCUGAAAUGGUUUUAAAACUAAUUGCCAUGGACCCAUAUAAGUAUUUCCAAGUAGGAUGGAAUAUUUUUGACAGCGUUAUUGUGACUUUAAGUUUAGUGGAGCUUUUUCUAUCAGAAGUGGAUGGAUUAUCAGUUCUCCGAUCAUUCAGACUGCUCCGAGUUUUCAAAUUGGCCAAGUCUUGGCCGACACUGAACAUGCUGAUCAAGAUCAUCGGCAAUUCCGUGGGGGCCCUGGGAAACCUCACCUUGGUGUUGGCAAUCAUCGUCUUCAUCUUUGCUGUGGUCGGCAUGCAGCUCUUUGGUAAAAGCUACAAGGAUUGUGUCUGCAAGAUUGACAGUGACUGUAAGCUCCCACGCUGGCACAUGAAUGACUUCUUCCACUCCUUCCUGAUCGUGUUCCGUGUGCUGUGUGGAGAGUGGAUAGAGACCAUGUGGGACUGCAUGGAGGUCGCUGGCCAACCCAUGUGCCUGAUUGUUUACAUGAUGGUCAUGGUAAUUGGAAACUUGGUGGUCCUCAACCUAUUUCUGGCUUUAUUACUGAGCUCAUUUAGUUCAGACAAUCUUACAGCCAUUGAUGAAGAAACUGAUGCAAACAACCUCCAAAUUGCAGUGACCAGAAUAAAGAAGGGAAUAAAUUAUAUGAAACAAACCUUACGUGAAUUUAUUCUAAAAACAUUUUCCAAAAAGCCAAAGAUUUCCAAAGAGAUAAGACAAGCAGAAGAUCUAAAUAAUAAGAAGGAAAACUAUAUCUCUAACCGUACGAUUGCUGAAUUGAGCAAGGAUCACAAUUUCCACAAGGAAAAAGAUAAACCUGGUGGUUUUGGAAGGAACCUGGACAAAUACUUGACAGAAGAAAGUGAUUAUGAGUCAUUUAUUCAUAAUCCCAACCUCACAGUGACUGUGCCAAUUGCAACUGGGGAAUCUGAUCUGGAAAUUAUGAACGCUGAGGAACUUAGCAGUGACUCAGAUAGUGAAUACUGCAAAGUGGGACUGAGCCCAUCAAGUACCUCAGAGUGCAGCACAGUUGAUAACCCUCUGCCAGGAGAAGAAGAAGUGGAGGCUGAAACUGUAAAUGCAGAUGAGCCAGAGGCCUGUUUUACAGAUGGCUGCGUACGGAGAUUCCCUUGCUGCCAAGUUAACAUAAACUCAGGGAGAGGAAAAAUCUGGUGGAACAUCAGGAUAACAUGCUACAGGAUAGUUGAACACAGUUGGUUUGAGAGCUUUAUUGUCCUCAUGAUCCUGCUCAGCAGUGGUGCUCUGGCUUUUGAAGACAUAUACAUUGAAAAGAAAAAGGUCAUUAAGACUAUCCUGGAGUAUGCUGACAAGAUAUUCACUUACAUCUUCAUUCUGGAAAUGCUUCUGAAAUGGGUAGCUUAUGGUUAUAAAACGUAUUUCACCAAUGCCUGGUGUUGGCUGGACUUCUUAAUUGUUGAUGUCUCUUUGGUUACUUUAGUUGCAAAUCUUCUUCACUACUCAGAGCUUAGCGCCAUUAAGUCCCUUCGGACCCUCAGGGCUUUAAGACCUCUAAGAGCUUUAUCUAGAUUUGAAGGAAUGAGGGUGGUCGUGAAUGCGCUCAUAGGUGCAAUUCCUUCCAUCAUGAAUGUGCUACUUGUGUGCCUUAUAUUCUGGCUAAUAUUUAGCAUCAUGGGAGUGAAUUUGUUUGCGGGCAAGUUCUAUGAGUGUGUUAACAUGACAAAUGGGUUACGGUUUCCUACAAGUCAAGUUGAAAAUUAUUCCGAUUGUGUUGCACUGACGAAUGAUAGUAAAAAUGUGCGAUGGAAAAACCUGAAGGUGAACUUUGAUAAUGUUGGAUUCGGUUACCUUUCCUUGCUUCAAGUUGCAACAUUUAAGGGAUGGAUGGAUAUUAUGUAUGCAGCUGUUGAUUCUGUUAAUGUAGACAAGCAACCCAUAUAUGAAUACAACCUCUACAUGUAUAUUUAUUUUGUCGUUUUUAUCAUCUUUGGGUCCUUCUUCACUCUGAACUUGUUCAUUGGUGUCAUCAUAGAUAAUUUCAACCAACAGAAAAAAAAGCUUGGAGGUCAAGACAUCUUUAUGACAGAAGAACAGAAGAAAUAUUAUAAUGCAAUGAAAAAGCUGGGAUCUAAAAAACCACAAAAACCAAUACCUCGGCCAGGGAAUAAAUUCCAAGGAUGUAUAUUUGACCUAGUAACAAACCAAGCUUUUGAUAUCACCAUCAUGGUUCUUAUCUGCCUCAACAUGAUAACCAUGAUGGUAGAACAUGAGAAUCAAAGUAAAUACAUGACUGAUGUCUUAUACUGGAUAAAUGUGGUUUUUAUUAUCCUUUUCACUGGAGAGUGUGUGCUGAAACUGUUCUCCCUCAGACACUACUAUUUCACCGUAGGAUGGAACAUUUUUGAUUUUGUGAUUGUGAUUAUCUCCAUUGUAGGUAUGUUUCUGACUGAGCUGAUAGAAAAAUAUUUCGUGUCCCCUACCCUGUUCCGAGUGAUCCGUCUUGCCAGGAUUGGCCGAAUCCUACGUCUGAUCAAAGGGGCGAAGGGCAUCCGCACACUGCUCUUUGCUCUGAUGAUGUCCCUCCCUGCAUUGUUUAACAUCGGCCUCCUGCUCUUCCUGGUCAUGUUCAUCUACGCCAUCUUCGGAAUGUCCAACUUUGCCUAUGUUAAGAGGGAAGCUGGAAUUGAUGACAUGUUCAACUUUGAAACCUUUGGCAACAGCAUGAUCUGCCUGUUCCAGAUUACCACCUCUGCUGGCUGGGACGGAUUGCUAGCGCCUAUUCUUAACAGUGGACCUCCAGACUGUGACCCUGAAAAAGAUCACCCUGGUAGCUCAGUUAAAGGAGACUGUGGGAACCCAUCUGUUGGGAUUUUCUAUUUUGUCAGUUACAUCAUCAUCUCAUUUCUGGUCGUGGUGAACAUGUACAUCGCUGUCAUCCUGGAGAACUUCGGUGUCGCGACUGAAGAAAGUACUGAACCCCUGAGUGAGGAUGACUUUGAGAUGUUCUACAAAGUUUGGGAGAAGUUUGAUCCUGAUGCCACCCAGUUUAUAGAAUAUAGAAAACUCUCUGAUUUUGCAGCUGCCCUGGAUCCUCCUCUUCUCUUAGCAAAACCAAACAAAGUCCAGCUCAUUGCCAUGGAUCUGCCCAUGGUCAAUGGUGACCGGAUUCAUUGUCUUGACAUCUUAUUUGCUUUUACAAAACGUGUUUUGGGUGAAGGUGGAGAAAUGGACUCUCUUCGUUCACAGAUGGAAGAAAGGUUCAUGUCAGCAAAUCCUUCUAAAGUGUCCUAUGAACCCAUCACAACUACAUUAAAACGAAAACAAGAGGAUGUGUCUGCUACUGUCAUUCAGCGUGCUUACAGACGUCACCGCUUAAGGCAAAAUGUCAAAAAUAUAUCAAGUAUAUACAUAAAAGAUGGAGAGGAAGAUGAUGAUUUGCCCCAUAAAGAAGACAUAGUUUUGGAUAACGUGAAUGAGAACUCAAGUCCAGAAAAAAUAGAUGCAACCUCAUCUACCAUCCCUCCGCCUUCGUAUGAUAGUGUAACAAAACCAGACAAAGAAAAACAUGAAAAAGACAAAACAGAAAAGGAAGACAAAGGAAAGGAUGGCAAGGAAAGCAAAAUAUAGAGCUUCAUAUUUACUGCACUGUUUACAGGCUGUGAUGGUGAUGUAUUUGUGUUAAUAAGACUCUUUUAAGAUGGUCUAUGCCAAAACUUUUAAUCAAAAUAUUCUCCAAGUCAAUGCAGUCACUAGCUCUAAUCCCCUAAAAAAGGUGGGCAGUGGUAGCAGAUGGCUAUUUAUGCCCUGGGAAAUAAAUCUGUAAGAGCUGUAAGGGUAACUCUAUAGGGAUUAUGAUUACAGCAAAGGUCAUUUAAUUUUAUUUGCUUUUAAUAAAUUGCAACACCAUGUAGAAAAUGCUCACAUCUGCUUUGUCAUCUUUUCACAGGAUGGUAAACACUCAUGUCUCCCAUACAAAUACAAAGACACACACGUGUAUCUGUCAUUUGGAUAUCUACAAAAGUGGUUUGCCUUGGCUUUGCCAUGAAAUGCCCUGAUAGAAGGAAUGGACAUUUGUAAUGAGUGUUUAGUUAAAACAUGUUGGUGUUAGUGAGCAAAACUCUUCUAUCCAUGUACAGAGGUCAUUCUAUAUUUUGAGGUGCUUAAAUUUAUUCUAUAUUGCAUCAGAACUAAUUUGUAUAUGCCUAUAAAAUUCUAUGGAAUUAAAAACAUAUGUAGGUUAUUCAUUUCAACAAAUAUUUUUCAUUUCUCUUGACUCAUGUAACAAGCAAAAUUAAGAUUUACCUUUAGAGUAUUAUGCUUUAUUGCCUGUCUUUUUUAUAUCUUUCUUAGUUCACACAACCGCAGAACAUGAAAAUUUAUUCUAAGUAGGUAUGACAUCCCUCAAAAGAAAGAAUGAAGGUAAUUUUAAAAGAAACAACUGAUGAAAGCUGUAUUUACUAUAACUUAUAUAAUCUAACACCAGACUGUGCUGUGAUACCAACUUUUAAUUUCUUUUGUCACAUUUUUCUGCUUUCUCGUGCAGUAUUGUUUAGUCAUCCUUUAGCACUAAGCAAAGGGAUAGUUCCCUUCAGUGAAGUGCUUUCUGAUAUGCAGGUAGCUAUUUAAUACCAUUGUGCAUGUCUGAACAGACCUUCACCUGGGCACAGUAUUUACUGCAUCACCUGUACAGCAUCCUAAAUGUGUAUGGCAAGUGUUCAAGUCAUCACAUAUGACAGACUUUCAGCUCAGACUUGUCUUUAGUAUGAAUGAAAAAGCCUUCAGCUGGGAUUCUUGCCAACUUGCUUUCUUGCCACUUAAUUUACUUUCCUAAUUUGUACAAGCAACCCUUUCAGACUGCUGUUCUAAAAAUGAGGAGGAUGUCACUUUCUACUUAAAAUUCCAUGACUAUGAGGCAUAUUAUGCAUCAAUCAAUAAAGUAUCCUGAGCUUAUAAUUACGAAGCACAUAUUCAUUUUGCUUUAGCUGAUGUCCUCCUACCAAGGAUUAUAAAUCUAGUUUUUAAGAGAUUCUUAUUAAUAGUGGCUUGAAAAGAAUGGCCAUGGCUCAGUUUUUCAUCAGUUUUGUUUCAGGAAUAUGAGGUCUUUCUUCUACUGAGCUAUACAUGUGCAAGCAAAAAUUGAGUUAUGUAAGGAGAAAGUAGUUUCAUUUAGAUAUUUUGGGACUUUUCAGAGCAAACAUCUAGAAGAUAUGUCAUUCAUUUGAUUUUUAAAUUACAAACAACAUGAAUUGUAUUUCAAUAACAAAUACUUGAACAUAUUUUUUGUUGUUUUAGCUAGUUAAAAAUAAUGGUGAUUUAAACAUACCUAUAGAGAUGAAGAUAUAUGGGUAGAGAAUGAGAGACAGAAAGUAGGAGGGGCUAAGAAACAUAAGUGUGAGAAUGUCACACAAAAACAAAGAGGAAUUUCCACAAAACUUCCUAUCUAGAAAAAUUUUAAACUGUGAUGUAUUUUACAACAUCAGUGAAAGAGAUUAUCACUUGUAGACAUUUGUCCUAAAAUACAUAUGGAAUUAGAUCUAGGGCCACAGAUUCUUUACACCUAGGUUCAAUCAUUCAUCUUUGGUUAUUUGAGAUACUUUUUAAUACAAUAUAAAAAGUACUAUGCAGUGUUUUCCUCAACUCUGUAAAACACUGCAUCAGAUACUUUCUAAGCCUGUUGAAAAUACAUUUGAUAAUUUAAUUAGGGAACCAGACAAAAUAUAUUGCAUUUGUAAGAUUUUUAAUACAUUAAAUUAAUAAAUUAAUAUCACCUUAAAUUUGAAUUAAGUUCAUCCUGGUUGUUUUAAACAUAUAUAAAUAUAACUGCAUUUUGCAUAUUUAUAGACUGUAAUAUGAAAAAAUAUAUGGUAAGCAGGCUUAUGUGUGAUUUACUAUUAAUGUUUAUAUAUUUCCUAAUUUCUAGGUAAAAUAAAAAUAUUGGCAACUGACUCCUCAUCACAGUUUCUUCUUAGCACUUGAAAAAAUACAAAGUUGUUGUUUUUCCUGUUUCAUGAUGAAUUAUAAUUUAAAAAAAAUAUAUAACAUACUUUGAUUUUGUACAUAUGCACAUUUUCCAAAAAAUGUCUCAUUUUGACUUUUUAAGAAUGUAUUGACUCAAUUAAGAACAAUAUUUGGAUCCCAGAGCUCAUUUAGUGCAGUGUAAGCUUGAAGAAAAGUUUGGCUUCUCUUUCCCUGUAGGGUUCUGUUUUGUACUGAUUAUGAGCUACCACCUCCCCGCCCCAUCAGGCACUGUCACACUAGUACCUAAAUUACAUCAUCACUGAAUUCAUUUCACCUAAUGAUGGAGAAUGGCAGUUACACUAUAAGUUUUAGUUUAGAAUAAAAUGGAAGCAAACAGAUUUGAACAUGAAUGCAUACAUAUAAUUUUGAUAAACAUGGGAAAAUUUCAUUUUACUUUUUUGAUUAUUACAUCAUUUGCAAAAGAUGUAAGUGACUUGUGGGCCAAUUCUAAAAUGCUAAUUGUUAAAUCUCAACCCAAAAUGUUCAGCAUGAUUUUAUAGAACUUGGAUAGCUUUAUUAAAAAGAGUUAAGAUAAAAUGCAUAUGUAAAUAAAGCAGUUCUAAAUAUACAUUUUGGAGAAAUGUUAAUAAAAGUAAUGAAAUGAGGACCAGCUAUAUUAGUUAGAAUGUCCAAGUAAUUGGCUUGGUUUAGGACCUAUGUAUAGAGACCACCACGUUUUUAAAAUAUUGGUAGUUUAUUAUGUUAUGUUCUUAAAGAAAAUAAGAAUUGCUUCACAAAAAUAAAUGAAUAGCCACAAAUAUAACAAUACAAUUUACAUAGAACUCUUUACAAAUUUUAUACAUCUAUGGAUGCUCAUAUUUGAGAUUGAGUUUGUCAUGUAUUAUACUGCAAUUAUAUUUGAGACAUACACAGUGUACUAGAAUCUAUAAAUAAAAGUCAUCAGAAAAAUAAAGUUACAUUUGCAUGUA